AAGAAGCCAUCGGACCUAUCCGGUCCAUAUGCAAUUAGACCAACCGACACUAGCCACUCCACUCCCAGUCAAGAGUCAACUAGUGCGGAGCAUUUCUCACUAUCCCACAAUUCUUCAUCCUCUGGAAUCAAGAAUUCACCGCAAACGAAGAAGAUCGAGGAUGUCGGAACAGCACACACCAUCGCAGAUCUUCAUCUUAUCAGGGCAGAGCAACAUGGCCGGCCGUGGUGGCGUAAUCACCGACCCCCACAACCACCACAAGAAGCUCUGGGACGGGAUCCUGCCUCCGGAAUGCGAAUCUCGCCCCGAAAUCCUCCGCCUCUCCGCCGAUCUGCGGUGGGAGAAAGCGGCGGUGCCUCUCCACGCCGACAUCGACACCAGGAAAGCGUGCGGAGUGGGGCCUGGGAUGUCAUUCGCGAACUCCGUCAAGGAUCGGUCGUGCGGCGGCGGCGGGGCCGGGGAGGCGAUCGGAUUGGUGCCGUGCGCCGUGGGAGGGACGGCGAUCAGAGAGUGGGCGCGUGGGGAACAGCUGUACGAAAACAUGGUGAGACGAGCCAAGGAGAGCGUGAGAUCCGGUGCGGAGAUCAAGUGCUUGCUGUGGUACCAAGGAGAGAGCGACACGUCGACGCACCACGAGGCCGACGCGUACCAGCGGAACAUGGAGAAGCUGAUUCAGAACGUUCGAGAGGAUUUGGGUCUACCGAAUCUCCCAGUAAUUCAGGUGGCGCUGGCAUCAGGGGACCAUAAGUACUUGGAGAAGGUGAGGGAAGCACAGCUGUGUAUGAAGAUGACGAACUUGGUGUGCGUGGAUGCGAAGGGAUUGAAGCUCAAGGAAGACAAUCUCCAUCUCUGUACUGAAGCUCAGGUUAAGCUAGGACAAAUGUUGGCUGAUGCUUACCUCAGUAACUUUGCAUCUCCUAAUUCGUUAGCAUCAUCUUCUUCUUCUUGAUCUCAUCUGGUAUGGUAUUGUACACUAUUCGCACUGCUGCUAAUGCUGAGACUUCGGUGAGAAUAACUCUGCAGUUCGCCUAAUUCUAAUCCAAUACAAAUUCUGAAUGCUCGAGUUGCCUACUGCUACUACAACUAGGAAAGGAAAUUGCCAACCUUACUACAAAUAGAGCAUUUAGGU